AUAUCAACUUUUUAAAAUUAAAUUUGAUAUUUAGUUUAACUCGAUUUUCCAUUAACACCCCUAGUGAUGAGUAUAUAAAGCUCAGCUCUAAAGAGUUGAAAUAAACUAAGAAAACCAUGGAGACUCCUUCAUAUGAUAUCAAAAACAAAGGAGAUGAUAUGCAAGAAGAACUAAAGGUGAAACUUCACCAUGAGAAGGGAGGAGAUGAAAAAGAAAAAAUUAUUGAAAAGGAGGCUCCAUCCCAAGAUAUCAAGAACAGAGAUACCAUCACUUCAUAUGUUUUAAGAGAUGAUGCACAAGAAAUACCAAAGGUGGAACAUGAGGAGGGAGGAGAUGGAAAAGAGAAAAUAGUUGAAAAGGAGACUAUAUCCAAAUGUAUCAUCAAGAUUGAAGGAGAUGAUGCACAAGAAAAAAUAAAGGUGGAAUAUGAGGAGGAAGAAUAUGAAAAAGAGAAAAUAGUUGAAAAAGGGAGUCCAUCCCAAGAUAUCAACAACAAAGGAGAUGAUCCACAAGAAAAACCAAAGGUGGAACAUGAGGAAGGAGAUGAAAAAGAGACUCCAGCCCAAGAUAUCAUCAAGAUAGAAGGGGAGGGUGCACAAGAAAUAACAAAGGUGGUAUGUGAGGAAAGAGAGAAAAUUGUUAUACGAGCAGAUCUUGCGGUUCAUUCAACACCUCCAUCAAAGCGUGAUCCUCCCAAAAUGCAAACAGACAAUAAUAAACUCUAGAAUAUCCAAAAUCUAAUAAAUAAAAAUAUUUAUAAUUCAGAACGAUAAAUUAAAAUUCUGAAUUCGUCUUUGACAAAAGUAAGUCAAAUAUGUUAAUCGGACGAUAUUUGUCUUUUAUUGUAUUUUUAAGUGUAAUUUGGUUAUUGUACUUUGAGAAGAUUUCUUAGAUUGUAAUGUACUUGUGUUGCUUCCUUUCUUUUGACUUAUUUAUAUAA